ACUAUAAAAGGAACUGUUGCCUCUCAGUUUUUAUAUCGCUCUCAAUGUAUCAUUAUAUGUAUAUUUUAUCCAACAACACACUUCACAAAUUUCUUAUCAUUUUUCUUUCUGGUUUUUUUUUUGUCAAUUUCCUUUUUAUUUAGUCGGUUCUGAUCUCUAGACCGUCUGUUGCAUAUCUUCUCUCAAGUAUUUCAAACUUCCUUCGCUACUUGAACUCGGCCAAAUACAUGUACGAUUUAAAAAACAUUUGACUGAAACUGCGUCACAUUAUUCUUAAACCAUAUUUGGAGUUGGAGCAUUCGAAGUCAGUUAUCUCCUUAGUUUUUUCGCCGGAUAUCCCUUUUAUUGUUCCCAUUACAAGUCAGCUAUUCUAUUUUAAAUCUUACUUGGCAUAUCUUAGUAUCUGUAUCUUUCUCUAUCGUGUUGAGUUUCGAUUAAAUUUAGUUCUAACUUUAAAGUCAAACAAAUACCAUUUGCAUUAUUUCAAUCAUUACCUCUAGAACAUAUUCGGUAUGAAUUCGUUGAUAGGCUCUUAAGCCUCUGAUGGUUUUGAUGGGCGAUAGUAGAAUGGGUGGAGCUGUGACGGCGGGGGGCGGGGGAGGGGUGGCUGGGGGCGACCAGAACUUCGACUACAUGUUCAAACUCCUCAUCAUCGGCAACUCUUCGGUAGGGAAGACGAGUUUCCUGUUCAGAUAUGCCGACGAUUCCUUUACUUCCGCCUUCGUGUCAACCGUCGGCAUUGACUUCAAAGUGAAGACGGUGGUGCGCAAUAACAAGAGAGUCAAGCUUCAGAUAUGGGAUACGGCUGGCCAAGAGAGAUACAGGACUAUAACGACUGCCUACUACAGGGGGGCCAUGGGCUUCAUCCUCAUGUACGAUAUCACCAAUGACGACUCCUUCGUCUCAGUUCAGGACUGGUCCACACAAAUCAAAACCUACUCCUGGGACAACGCACAGGUCAUUCUGGUAGGGAAUAAAUGUGACAUGGAUGCUGAGCGAAUAGUAAAAGCACAGAGAGGAAGAGAUUUGGCUGACCAGCUCAACAUCGAGUUCUUCGAGACAAGCGCCAAGGAAAAUGUCAAUGUGAAAGAAGUGUUUGACCGACUAGUAGACAUCAUCUGUGAGAGAAUGGCAGAGUCAUUAGAAGCAGCCGGAGGUCCGGGAGGAGAUGCGGGCCAGGGCACCAGACUGAGUCAGAACCACGCGGGGGCACAAGGUGGAUGCAGUUGCUGAUUGACACAAGAUAACGUGCUUUACCCCCCUCUCAUUUACCCAGACAGAAACUUAAGACCUUUCCUCCUAGAUCAACAUACACACCCCCCCCCCCUCACCCAGCCUGCUCUCCCACUUCUACCUGGACGCUAACUCGAACGGGAAACGAAUUGAUGGAUAGUUACAAAAGGACUGAAAACAGUCGAAGCAUGUAAUUCUUGACACACACGCAUCUGCACAAACACACUGUACUUGUCACAGGUACACUUUAUUAAUAAUUAUGAAGAAGAUGAUGCCCGAAAAAUGGAGAAUUUAACUGAUGUGCAAUCAUUUUGUCACACAGCGGCAAAAGCACACGACGGUCACAAACGUUCACUUUUUCACUUCGACAUUUGAGUUAAUUGAUCCUCAUCUGUCUACGAUAAAUUUUUCUCUGCUGAUUUAUUUGUUCACUAGAAUUGACUACUGAGAAGAUUGAGAACCUUCACUGAGCAAUAUAAUGUGUAAUCAGCCGAUUUUUUGGUGAUUUAUAAACACACCUUCAAAUCAUCGACUGUGAACUCAGAUUUAAACAGAUUUUGCUGAGAUAUUAAUUAAUUGUAACUGAAAAAAUAUUAAUUGUAAUUUGAAAUCUGAUGUGUGUUCAAAAUGAAUUACCCUGUGGCAGGUCAACAAGUCUUUGUGAUGCGUUUUGCAAGUAUUAAGCGAAUAACUUUGUUUUUAGUAUCGGAGGUUUCAUUUGUAACGAGAUUGAAAUAACAUGAGAAAUUGUUUAAAAAAUUUUAGAUGUUUUUGACUUUUUGUUAAGUAUCUUUCUGUUAAGUAUUUAAUGCAGGAAAUUGGAAUCUCAAUUUUUAUUGUUUAAUUUUAUGGCUCUAAAAGGCUAAACAGUUAAAUUGGUGGUUUAAAAAUUAUUGCAUGAAACAUAUCAUCGUAAUAGACGCCAGAUAAUUGUUGGCCUGACCCUGGUUGAUUCUCAUUCGAAUUUUUGCCUAGAUGAAAUAAUUUACCCAGUCAACUGUGCUAUGAAUGUUAGAUGUUCAUUUGUAAUUUUUAUGCUCCCAGUUCGCAAAAAAAAAGAAAUUCCCUCUUAAUUGAGUCUAAACAAAUCGAAUACUUAAAAUAACCAUACCUUUUCCUUUCCUGGCUCAGAAAACUCGGCGUAAAUCUUUCUGGAAAAUGUUCAUCAGAAGUAAAUAUCCUUUAAAAAUUUGUUAAAAGUAAAAAACUUCUAAAAAAAAGCGUGAAAUAACCUGAAAAUUUUUUGGGCUGAUUUUGAACAAACUUUAAAAUCUGAGGUCCAGAAGUUUUACGACCGUGUUAAGGUGCUAUCACUACCACUCAAAAUUUGAAUCAGUUUCUGAUUGGUAUUAUGAUCUGGGCUAUGGGUUAACUAAACUGCUCCUUAGAACUCUCCUCUUUAUUACUUUACCACUCAUAGUGCAACAAGUAUGUUAUGCACUUUGAAAGACAUUGUCUGAUAAUUUCUGUAAAUUGAGUUUUGUCUGUAAAUUUAGAAUAUGCUUGUCUCAAAAGUAUGUUGCAAUUAAUUGCAUGGGUGAAUUGAAUUAUUCUGAAUUGAAAUUAUGAAUGUUAUCACAUCGUGUUGCGAUGUUCAACAAUAAUACAUAUUCAAAUUUAUUAUCAAUACUUCCUUUAUAAAUUCCUGUAAUUUUAUUCUUGUUGAUUUUUUUUUGCUAUUUGCUAAUUCUGAUCCAAUAUUUGUUAAUGUUAGUCAGUCGUUCUAAUGGAAGUUAUCUUUGGAAUUUAGCUCUUUUAGAUUC